AUGUCCUUUUUUUCGCGAGUUUUCCGUAGCAGGGAUGCCAGUGGUUCCAAGAAACAGGGGAAGCAAAAUGGUGUUAGCCAGGAUAUUCCUCAAAAGCCGCAACAGAUCGACGCUUUCAUCCGUACGGAGGUAACUCCAGACGAAGUCCAAGAAUUGUUACAUGGAUGCACGGUCGAAUUAAAAUCAAGAGGACUUGAAAUUCCAUUCCUCCUUCUCCCAUUCCGCCCUAGUUCGGACCCAAGCUCAGCACGAACAUUCAUCCGACACUACUUCAGCCCUCCUCCUGAGCGGCCAGCUCCACUUCGGGGAGAACAUUUAAUCCAGGAGCUGCGGUUGACUGAGCCUAUGGUGCUCUGCAGUAUUAUAAAAUGGUGUUGGAGUCGAUUACCUGGGGGUGUCGUAACUUGGGAGGCAUACGAAUUGUUCAAAGUUGGAGAACAAGACUCCCAAUUUGCCCGCGACGCCUUUUCGACUUUCAUCCCAUUAAGUGUCGAAUCCGAUUCGCGGACGAAAAUUAUUUUCGACUUCUUCGACCUUAUGUCUGCUGUUGCGGCUCAUGGAAAAACUAACGGGUUUGGAGGCCGAAAACUGUCGCGAUAUGCUGGUUGGUGGGCUUUUGAGCACGUUGAUACUGGCAAUGGAUUUGAAUCAAGCUAUAAGAACUGGGCAAGUGCGGCCGAUGCGACGAGCCAUUUAUUCUUUGCCUACCUUCGUUCUCUUUCUCCUGACUCCCUUCGCGGAUCUAAUGGCAUUUCUGCGCUUCCGAUUUCGUUGCAAAGCCUUGUUCAAGCGACCGAGUACCCACCAGAAACCCCUGCCUUACUUCAGAUGGAAUCAACCAAGGUGGUAAUGAUCGUCGAGAAUGUUUCACCAACGCCGUUUGCAUUACUGCGACGUGCCAAGAAUUUCGAAUAUAGAGAUAGCGAUCAUGCUCUACAAAAAUUUUCUAAUUUCGAGGAUCCUGUCAAAGCACUUACUGACGAGUGCCGUAGAGUGUUGCGAUGUAUAUCCUCGACCAAUCAAUCCAAAAUCACCGCAUUAGAAGAGGGGCCAAUCCGUGAUGCAUCGUGGUCAAGAUUCGAAGAUCUAGGUUUCACUGCCUCUAUCGAAGAGGGAGAUGGUGAGGGCGAUGGGGACAGGACAAUGUCAAAGCAUACCGGACCACCGGGUCUGAGGUCAGCUCCUCAAUCUCGCACUGCCGAUCUUGGGCGACCGACCACACCAUCAUGGGCUGAUUUCCUCUCCUCUGGAUUUGCUGACGAAAACGAGCCAAGAAGCCGUCCCCCUUUCCUCCUUCCCCCCGACAAAGUCCUUCCUCCCAUUCAGACAGUACGAGGGCAAAGCUCGCAAUCACAUAAACGUUUGUUCGACGAGGAAUCAUCCUUUGAGCCCGGUUCACUUGCAAGCAUAACUACUAUGGACUUGGAUGCUUCGUUUUGGUGGGUCUGGAUCAGCAGUCUGUCAGGCGAGGAACCCACUCAGCGAAAAGCAGUUUUUGGGCGGUGCGCCCUGAUUGAAACGUCCGUCUCAGGAGGGAAAUGGUUUGUGCUUGAGGAGCAGGUCAAAGGAGCUGCUCCUGAACCGGAAGUUGGUGCAUAUAUCGCUAAAAAGAAAGGAUUCUUCGGUUUCAGGUCACGAAAGGGAAGACUAACACGACGCAGAUCUUCCGCGCAGAAGACUUCCGCUGUGGAAGAACCCUAUCAGCGAGCCCAUAGUACAACAGCAAUGAGCAAAACAAGCAUCGGCCCCGACCAGCAUGCCAGAAUCCAAGCUGCGGCUGCGGCUCUUCAGAGGAAGCACCGGGAACAGGAGCAAGAACAGGAGGAACUAUCCGAACGCCGCAACAAGUCAGAAGACUUGGGCCAUCAGAAGAACAACUCCGUGAUGUCCCUGCAGCCACUUGUUAUGACAGAGGUCUCACAGGCGAUGAAGUGGGCUAACAAUUACGAUAAAAAUGCCGUACGAGCGGCUUAUCUUGGAAACAGCCUUGCUGGAACUGGCGCCCCUGCAGAGUCUCUUAAAUUGCCAGCUAACGGAUACGCCCAAAGUAGUUCUCUUAAUUCGCCAAGUUCUCCAGCUCACGAACAAGCAAUUCCUCUAAAGGAGGAGACAACUUCUCCUCGACCCGUUCCUGAACAGCCCGAUAUUUCCAAGAGUGCUACAUCGGAAUUGCGCCCCGUAGCUACUCCUGAAGUUGAAUCUACUGCGCCGGCUUCCCUCGAAACGAAAUCCUUAGAAAUAAGCCGGGGAAAGAAGUCGAUGGAUUCCACCGAUGAACCCAAGAAGUUGAAGAAGAAGGCUGCAAACACGACACUAAAGGGUAUGUUUGGUAAGAAGACUGAGAAGCCAGAGCAACCACCGAUGAAACCAACUGGAGCAGAGACGUCUGCCGUUGCUGCUGCUAGGGCUGCACUUGAAAGUCGAACCGCACAGGCAGAUAAAUCUUCGGCCUUCGCGCAGACCAAGGCUCCUGCUGCCCGCCGUCUUUCUGGCCUUGGACGAAAGAAGACCGCAGAGUCAAUUUCCUCACCAACAGUGUCCAAGCCAACCACCCCACCCGCAGGUGGGGAGCGGCCGGGAGCUCAGCCCGUCCCGGUCGCGACGGAUUACGAUGGCCCACCAUGGACUCGCAGAGAUAAUGAAUUCGAUGCGCUUUCUCGGGUGAAUACCAACGAGAAGGCCCAGGCGGAUCGGGAAUUUUCCUCCUUUGAUCACCAGGCUCCCUUCGUUGAUCAGCCCGCAUUUGUGCCACAGGAUUCUCCUAUCAGGGACGAGUUCCCUGAACGUGACGUUCCCACCCAACACCCAGUUGCCAAAGAAGCCGCGUCGCCUGUGAAUGGCCAUGGGCGCCCAGACAAUUCUGUCACAGCGGAGCCCAUACCUCUGCAGGACCGCUGGGCACAAAUCCGGAAAAACGCUGCUGAACGUGCCACCAAGGUCGACGACCAUCCGUCAAGACAUCAUGAACCUGAGAAGACGGAUGAUGGUGAAACAAGUGGGGAGGAGACAAUCGAAUCUCGAGUCGCACGCAUUAAAGCUCGUGUUGCCGAGCUGACAGGCAAUAUGGAAUCAUAG